CUCUCUCUCUCUCUCUCUCUGAGCGCACGAGCCAGUUGGUCUUAAGGAGCGCGCGCUGAACGCGGCAACCGCAACUUCACGCGCACUGAUUUGAUAAGAAAAACUUUAUUUGUCUUUCUUCCUCUGGACAUUAGCCUGUUGUUUUUAAUCUAAGAGCAUGGAUGCAAUGCGAUCUGUGGCAGUCUGGAUUGUAUUGACUAUGAUGCAGAUCUGCCUGUGUGAACCUCUGGAGAAACAAGACGACCAAGUGAUAGACAUGUUGGCGCUGCAAGAUAUCAAGCAGAAUGUGGCUGCGGUAGAAAAGAUUUCUGGAGCAAUGAAAACUCUCAGUGAUAUUUACAUCGUGUCCACCUUCCGACUGCCACCCAAACUUGGAGGAGUGCUGCUUGGCUUCUACAAUAAGCAGGACAAUAAAAAGUACCUAGAACUUGCCAUCAUGGGCAAAAUUAAUAAAGCCCUUGUGCGGUAUGUUCGUGAAGACGGCAAGCUGCACACAGUAAAUCUGCAAAGCUCUAACUUGGCAGAUGGGCGUACUCAGUCCAUCAUUCUCCGCGUAGGAGGACUGCAAAGACAAAAUCUCAGUCUUGAGCUUUAUGUCAACUGCCGCCUUGUUGAUUCUGCCCAGCGCCUGCCUCAAUUGGUUGCCCUUCCUUCAGAGGCGGAGUUGGUGGAGAUAAGGAAUGGUUUCAAGGCAUAUGCUCGACUUCAGGGAUCAGUGGAGAGCCUUAGACUCGCUCUUGGGGGAACCGUAGCUAAUGCAGGCGCGCUCACUGACUGCCCUUUUCAGGGUGACGCCUCCUCAUACAAUAUAGUAAAUGGGGAAGUGAACUCCAUUCUUGGUGAUCACACCAAAGUUCUUAUUGGACAGCUCAUUAUCUUUAAUCAGAUCCUGGGUGAGCUUCGACAAGACAUCAGAGAACAGGUGAAGGAGAUGUCUCUCAUUAGGAAUACCAUACUGGAGUGCCAAGUGUGCGGAUUCCAUGAGCCCCGCUCUCGCUGUCAUCCCAACCCAUGCUUUAAUGGUGUUCCUUGCAUGGAGACAUUUGAGUUUCCAGGAUACCGCUGUGGGCCUUGUCCUGAAGGAAUGACUGGCAAUGGCAGCCACUGUCAAGACCUUGAUGAAUGUUCACUGGCACAGCCCUGCUACUCUCCAAGUGCAUGUGUAAACACAGUGAAAGGUUUCAGAUGUGAGCCAUGCCCACCUGGAUAUUGGGGGAAACCGGUCUUAGGGUUUGGUCUAGAUUAUGCCAAGAACCACAAACAGGAAUGUCUAGACAUAGAUGAAUGUGUGGAAGUUGCCAAUGCAUGCACAGCCAAUUCUGUCUGUAUAAACAUCAUUGGGUCAUUUAAGUGUGGUCAGUGCAAAGCUGGCUAUGUGGGAAAUCAGACAGCGGGCUGUUUUCCCCGGAAAUCCUGUGCUACACUUGCUUUUAACCCAUGUCACUCCCAUGCUCACUGUAUCAUUGAGAGGAACGGUGAUGUGUCCUGUGCGUGUAAUGUUGGCUGGGCUGGUAAUGGGAACACAUGUGGUAUAGACACAGACAUUGAUGGCUAUCCUGACCGUGCUUUGCCCUGCAUGGACAAUAAUAAACACUGCAGACAGGAUAACUGUAUAUAUACACCAAACUCUGGCCAGGAAGAUGCAGAUAAUGAUGGCAUAGGUGACCAGUGUGAUGAAGACGCUGAUGGGGAUGGCAUUAAGAAUGUGGAGGACAACUGUCGGCUGGUACCUAAUAAAGACCAACAGAAUUCAGACACAGACUCCUUCGGUGACGCAUGUGACAACUGUCCCAAUGUGCCCAACAUUGACCAGAAAGACACAGACAACAACGGAGAGGGCGAUGCUUGUGACCAAGACAUUGAUGGAGACGGUGUUCAGAAUGUGCUGGAUAACUGUCCCAAAGUGCCGAACCCUAUGCAGACAGACCGGGAUUAUGAUGGAGUGGGAGACGCCUGUGACAGCUGCCCUGAAAUGAACAACCCCAUGCAGACCGACAUAGACAAUGACCUAGUUGGAGAUGUGUGCGACACCAAUCAAGACUCUGAUGGGGAUGGACACCAAGACAGUCGAGACAACUGCCCUGACAUCCCCAACAGCUCCCAGCUUGACUCGGAUAACGAUGGUAUUGGAGAUGACUGCGAUGAUGAUGAUGACAAUGAUGGAAUUCCUGACAUCGAGACUGCAGAAGGUCUCGGUCCUGAUAACUGCCGACUCAUUCCCAAUCCCAACCAAAAAGAUUCCGAUGGUAAUGGUGUUGGAGACGUGUGUGAGAAUGACUUUGACAAUGAUGCAGUACUGGAUUUGGUUGAUGUGUGUCCAGAGAGUUCUGAAGUCACACUUACAGACUUCAGAGCCUAUCAGACUGUCAUACUGGAUCCUGAGGGUGAUGCUCAAAUUGAUCCUAACUGGGUGGUGCUUAACCAGGGUAUGGAGAUUGUUCAGACGAUGAACAGCGACCCUGGUUUAGCAGUCGGUUUUACUGCAUUUAAUGGUGUCGACUUUGAGGGUACUUUCCAUGUAAACACAGUAACUGAUGAUGACUAUGCUGGCUUCAUCUUUGGUUACCAGGACUCAUCCAGCUUCUAUGUUGUGAUGUGGAAGCAGACAGAGCAGACCUAUUGGCAAAAUGUGCCAUUUAGAGCAAUGGCUGAGCCUGGUCUACAGCUUAAGGCAGUAAAGUCCCGUACAGGGCCAGGUGAAUUUCUCCGCAAUGCUUUGUGGCACACUGGAGACACAGAAGGAGAGGUGAGGUUACUGUGGAAAGACCCACGCAAUGUCGGCUGGAAAGACAAAACCUCCUAUCGCUGGCAGCUCAGUCACCGGCCCCAGGUUGGCUACAUAAGAGUAAAACUUUAUGAGGGAAUGGAUUUGGUGGCUGAUUCGGAUGUACUGGUUGACACCACUAUGAGAGGAGGUCGGCUUGGAGUCUUCUGCUUUUCUCAAGAGAACAUCAUCUGGUCCAACCUACGCUACCGAUGCAAUGACACUGUCCCGGAGGACUUUGAGUCACAGCAUAAACAAGUACUAAUGCACAUUAAGGUCUGAGGACUAGGAGAAUCAAAGCUGGCCACCCUGACCUGCACUGCCUCUUCAUACAGAAAUACUCACAACGCCUCUACAUUUGCUCUGAGUCUGCAAAGCAGCCACUGUGCACAAGUCCGACUGUUGAGCUCUUGUGUGAAAGGGAACACAUGAUCUAAAAAUGAUAAAAUGAGACCACAUCCCUCUAAAUCUAAAGAGGCUAAAUCAAAGUAGAGAAAUCAACAACAGACUUUUUAGUAGCUUAUAUGAAUGAGACUGUUGUAGUGGGGAGGUGCCUCAGGUCAAUGUAAAAUGCAAAACGCUGUAAGCUCUGUGUGUGUGUAUAUGAAUGUGUGAGUACUGAUGUGUGAAAGAAAAGGAACAAGUGAAAGGGAAAAUGUGUAAAGAUGACCAUGUGUUAAUGAUCACUGACUUUUACAUCUAGUGCAGGUUUCCUGUGCAACUUCUUGGCAUAGAUCUGUCAUCCCGUUACUGUAAAUAUCAAAUUAAAUCAACUUUAACAUAUACAGAACACAAAUGUGCCAAGAAUAAGACACAAGGAGGCAUCUUGUAUAGUGUCAGUCUAUAUUCUAAAAUGAAAAAAAAGUGCAGGUUUAUUAGACCACCGUUAAGUAUACAUAAUUAAAAAUUAAUAGCCUCGGAUAUCAAACAAUAAGUCUUUACAUUCAUUGUGACACUGACAAUCAUACCUAAGGCACAUAGUAUAAAUGUAGCAUUCUCUUUUAAAUUGCAUGACUAAAACUACCACAAGACUAGUAAGUGAUUCAACACAAAAACAGUGUUUAUAUAUUUGUCUCGUCAGCUCUGAAUGCUAGCACGGUGUAUGGGUGUCAUUAUCUGUCAUUUAGAGAUUCUAAUUCAGCUAAGGAACAUUGGUUUUUAUUUUAAUUAAAAUGUAUUUGUAGUGUA